UUGAUUUUCUAGCACAUCGCACCUCGAUAACAUGCCUAGGUGGUAUCCUCUCAAAGAACAGACUGAAAGCAUUGAUCAUGGCAAGCCCCAUUCCAGUCAAAGCAGCCAACAGUCCCCAAAGCCAUCUGUCAUCAAAAGUAGAAGCCAUGGUAUCUUCCCUGACCUAUCCAAAGACAUGCAGGUUCCCACCAUUGAGAAAUCCCAUAGUAGUCCCGGUAGCUCGAAAUCCUCAUCCAAAGGCCAUCUCCGCUCUCAUGGACCAUCUCGCGGUCAAAGCAAAACCAGCGUCACUCAGACCCACCUGGAAGAUGCAGGGGCUGCUAUAGCCGCUGCCAAAGCCGCCGUGCAACAACUCCGCCUUCAACCAACAGCACAUAAAAGCGGUCAGUCUAAUCAUGCCGGGAAGCAGCACAGACACAGCAUAGCAGGAGUCCUCCCCAUUCAAAGAACUCAGUCUGAUAAUCUGCCUCCACCAGCUAAUGGCAACCAAGACCAAAGCCAGCUAGCCCUCAGGAAGAUGAUGUCUGAUGGACCAGUCAAGCCAGGAGGUGAGCAGAAAUGCACUAUUCAAAGCACACAGCAAGAACAUCCCCCAAAUUUAAAGCCCUCAUCUUUUAAUUUUUAGAGAUUGUCUAAUAAAGUAUGUUUAUCCACUUUUUAAUGUGCUUUUGUGGGCAUGGCAUUUCAGGACUUCAUCAUCACUAUGUAAGUCCCAAGAUCAGUCCCAUAAUGUAUUGACUACAGUGAUUUGUAUUUUUCUAUGCACUGGGCAUCUUUUGACUUUUGUUGGGAAAUAGAUUAAUAAUAUUCGUAUUGCAGAAUGGAACGCGUGCUUCUAACCUAAUCUGUUCAAGCAUGACUAUAAAUAUAUUGCACUGUGAUAAAAGUUUAAACUGCUCACAAUUCGAGUUAGCAUACCAGUUGGAAUGUAGAUCAGUUUUUGUUGAAUAUUAUUUCAAGUGUAACUUAAAAAAAAAUUCAGUGGAUUUUGGAAAUUCUCAGAGAAAGUAAAGGAAAAAAAUGUUAAUGCACUCAUUCACCUUUACAUGGUGAAAGUUCUUUCUUGACCCUAUGAACACAUUUUUUCCACUCAUGUUUCCGUAGUUGUCAAGUGUAUCAGAUGUGUUGGGCAUGUGAAUAUCCAAGUGCCUGUGUAAUAAGGUAUCUUUAUUUCAUUCAUAAACCACUGGGUUCUGAUCCAUUGUUACAUGAUGCAGCUUAAAAUGAGUGUGUCAGUUUUUGCUUUCUCAUUUGAUUCCUUGCAAUAGAGGAU